AUCUGCAGGAGAGGAGGAGAACGGUGAGGGAAGCUGAGCUAGCCCGGGUCGAAUUACUGAAUCUAUUGGCAGGUCGCGGAUUUUUGAGAUCUCACCAUGGACAAGAGCGAACUGGUACAGAAGGCUAAACUGUCUGAGCAGGCCGAGCGUUAUGACGACAUGGCAGCUUCCAUGAAGGCUGUGACCGAGCUGGGUGCCGAGUUGUCCAACGAGGAAAGAAACCUGCUAUCUGUCGCCUACAAAAACGUUGUUGGCGCCCGACGCUCCUCCUGGCGUGUGAUCUCUAGCAUUGAGCAGAAGACAGAAGGAAAUGAUAAGCGGCAGCAGAUGGCACGAGAGUACCGUGAGAAAGUGGAGACAGAGUUGCAAGAUAUCUGCAAGGAUGUUCUGGGUCUUCUGGAUAAGUACCUUGUACCGAAUGCAACCCCACCAGAAAGCAAGGUCUUCUACUUAAAAAUGAAAGGGGAUUAUUACCGAUACCUUUCAGAAGUAGCUUCUGGAGACAGUAAGCAAGAAACUGUAACCUGCUCUCAACAAGCCUACCAGGAAGCAUUUGAAAUUAGUAAAAGUGAGAUGCAACCAACACAUCCUAUUCGACUCGGACUGGCUCUAAACUUCUCUGUCUUCUACUAUGAAAUUCUGAACUCUCCUGAGAAAGCAUGCAGUCUAGCAAAAUCGGCAUUUGAUGAGGCAAUAGCUGAACUGGACACGCUGAAUGAGGAGUCCUACAAAGACAGCACUCUUAUCAUGCAGCUACUAAGGGACAAUCUUACACUAUGGACCUCAGAAAACCAAGGCGAAGAGGCUGAUAAUGCAGAGGCGGACAACUAACAACGGCCACCCAUAUUUUUUCCUUUUUUUCUGUUCAGUCACUCUGUUUUGUAUACACAUAUAUCCCUUUUUGUGCAACAAGUUAAAAGAAUAGUACAUCGACUUAAACAACCUCAGUAGCAGAACAAUAUGUGGAUUAGGAAACAAGACUGGCGUCUUUACUCAGUGUAGGAGUAAUACAUUCUCAGUCUAAAAAUAUGGCAUUCUAUUUCUUUUUAUAUAAAUAUAAAUGAUUUAAAUAUGUAAUUGUGUCCCUUUUUUUUUUUCUCCCCUCCCUCCCCCCCCCCUUUUUUUUUUAACUGAACACUGUGAUUUACGGUUACGGAGUUUUGUUAUAAUUUCCAAUUGGCAAUCACUAUAACCACAUUAGAACCUUUCAUUGCCUCGGCAGUAACAACAAAGUCGACGUACAAUUCUGUUUUAACUGUUUGACAGAGCGUUUGUGACCAUACUGUGACCCUCGGGAUGGAAUGGGUUCGUACCAUAGUGUAUUGCAGUUGUUUCAGUGAUAGAUAUGUUUUGAUCGACAUGGUACAUAUUGAACCUAGUUUGUAAGCCUGAAUAUAAUCAAGUCGUUUUGGGUUUUUUUAUUUUAUAUAUAUAUAAAUAUAUUAUAUAUAUAUAUUUAGUCACAAUUUUUGAAAAUCGAUGUAAUGCUCACUUAGCCACUGUAACUCAGAAAAAAAAAGGUGGAAAAAAAAAAA